GGACUGAGGAAGAGAAGAUGAACCACUUAGGGCAGCACGUAUCGCUCAGCUUAGGAAGGGACAUUAUGGCUAUCGUCGCCUUUAGUGGCUCGUGGAAAGAAACCCGAAAUGAGAUGAUGAGGAAGUACCUGAAGGCAGAGAAAAUAUCGACAGAGGCCGAAUCAGCAGCGGUUCAAAGGAAAAACUAUGCGACUUACAAUGAUUUCCUAAGGGCAUUCACUCUAGUGGCACUGCGAAUCCUCGGGGUGACGGACCGUAUAAUGAGUAAGUACUUUCUCAGGCAGUUCUCCGAGUUCGAGAAGGAUAAGAUCCUGUCAGCCUACCAGCAGACCAGCAAGUUCGAAUACACAAAGGACGUGGACUUCAACACCAUAACAGACCUAGCAGAAAAGACAAUGGUGACCGAGAUGCUAGCCCUGCUCAAGGAAGGGGAGGUUAUAGAUCUGACUGGGAAGACGAAAGAUAAGGUUAAGAAGGGGAUAGAGAGCAUGCACGAACGAGUGCACGGGGUUGACAGCAAGAUGGAAAGAGUGGAAAAUGUGUUGUUAGUAAUGCAAGCGCAAGUGUCCAGACCCGUCCUCCCGCCCCAAGAGACCGUAGUUCCGGCAGCUGUAGCUAAUCAGGGAUUUGGCAGGAGGGACCCGGCCAAUGAACGAUGCAGGUACUGCACAAUGAUUGGACAAUUCGUGAGGGUUUGCCCAAGACUCAAUCACGAUAUGGAGCGGCAGAGGUGCAGGAGGUCCCUCAAAGGCGAGAUUCUCGGACCCCAGGGGAAGCGUGUAAAUUGGAACUCGCCAGGAGGGCUGCGGCAAGCCGUCAUCCUCUUGACUAACUUAGAUAUAGCUUCCAUAGAAGCGGAGCCGGUAGCCGAGAUUGUCUGGGACCAACCAAGGGGACGCGGACCACAGGCCAAUUUUAUCCUAGAAGGCAAUGGGCAGGAUAGGGUAAAUAUCACCACUCGACAAACCGGCGCAGAAAAGAAGCUUAUUCAAGAUACAGUAAUGAAAGAACUCGCAGGGACUAGCGCAGACCAGCAAGAGACCAAAGCCGAGGAACAAGAGAAGGUCUAUGGGAAAGGAAGGGAGGAGGAACCGGUAGACAAAGUUACGGCAGCAAAGAAGAAGUUCAGGUAUCAAAUUCCAAUCCUGACUUCGCCUGAAAUCGAUGGCACCCUGAGUAAGCUGUUGGGUACCAUGAUAUCAGUGUCCUUUCAGACCAUGCUGCAAGCCAGCCCAAGACUGCUUAAAGGACUCAGGCAGUUGCUAACGCAAGGCAGUGUGCGAAAGUACAAACCCGUAGGAAAGAAGGCUAAGCCGGUCUCGAUCCUAGUGGAGACAUCAAAGGAAGAGGCCUUGGAAAAGGAGGAGGAGGUCAUGCGGGUAAUAAGGGAGAGGCGAGCAACGGAAGGGCAUCGGAUACCUGAUGAAGUAGCAGAAACCAUGAAAAUAGGGGUGGAAGGGUUCUUAACAACAGAGGAAACUCAGUUGAUAAGGAGGGCGUGCCAAGAGUUUCAUCUAGCCUUUGCCUUCAAUGAUCACCAGAAAGGACGGUUAGAUGCGAAAUUAAUUCCCCCUGUUAAGAUCUACACGGUAGAGCAUGACUGUUGGAAUGAUAAAGGGUCUGCCUAUGAGUUUGGGAUAGCGGCAGAGGUCACCGACCUGCUUAGAGCCAAGAUAGAUUCAUUCGUGGUUGAACCCACCGCAUCCCCCUAUGCGCACAAGUGGUUCAUUUUCCGGAAGCCCAACAAGACGCUCAAGUGGAUCCAAAACUUGCAGAAGCUAAAUGUGGUAACAAUUAGGGACGCGAGUUCGCUCCCACAGGCGGACUUGCUGGCCGAAUCGCAUGCUGGACGGAGUAUCUACUCCCUUAUAGAUCUAUACUCAGGAUAUGACAAGUUGUCGCUCGACGCAAGGGAUAGACCGUACACCGCCAUGCACACACCAGUAGGGCAGUUGCAGAUGCAAGUGACUCCUAUGGGUUUCACGAAUGCGGUGGCAGAGGCGCAGAGGAGAAUGCUGGCUGUAGCAGGAGAUAUGUUCCCAAAGAAAUGUGAGCCAUAUAUAAACGAUAACCCCAUAAAGGGUACGCAAAAUAAGGAUGAGACAGAGGUUGAGUCGGGUGUGCGAAAGUUUGUCUGGGAUCACCUGCAGAUUAUCAAAGAUCUCUUGCAGCGGUUCCUGGUUUAUAAUAUUACCGCAAGUGGACCAAAGAGCAUCUUGGCUGUUCCGGAGGUAACCAUAUUGGGGUUUCGCUGUGGGGCUUAUGGGAGACGACCCGACCCAGCAAAGACAGAUAAGAUCUCCCAGUGGCCGACACCCCUGCACACCACGACGGAAGUACGAGCCUUCCUAGGGGUGGUCGGGUUCUGGAGGAUCUUCAUCAAAAGAUUCGCAAAGAUAGCAGAGCCUAUCCGUGCGAUGAUCAGAGAGGGUGGCACUAUGGAAUGGACCGAGGAUAGAGAAGCGGCAGCCCAGACCCUUAAAGACAUCCUGUCUUCCGAUCAGGUCACCCUAGCAGCACCCUGUUUCAACGAUGAGUUCGACUACAAGGUCAAGCGGAUUACCGGGCUUCGAAACAGGGCGGAUGGACUGAGUAGGGUAUGCAUCACGCCGGAGGGAAUAGAGGAUGAAGAGCCAAUUGACGCCUUCCUGGAACAUGAAGGGGGAACCCUUGUCGUGGACAAUGAGAUGGCAGACUCCAAGCUCACAACAGGUCCGCUGCUGAUCCAGACUCUGGAAAAAGGUGCGCCCACGGUAGUUGCAGAGCUCAGGGAAGGGUCAGUCACCACAUUUAGGCGCAAAGAGGAAAAUGACUCGUGGGGAACGGCAGUAGGGCCUAAAGAGGAACUAAUGGCAAUGGUCAUUGAAGGGGGACGAGACGCCGUGAUGACCUUAGCAGAAACCUGGGCGCAAAGGGAGUGGCAGUACCUAGUUAACCAGACUCAGGAGGAGCAGGAUGUUGACCAGAAGGAACGAUAAUUCUUUCUCAUACAGAUGUAUGAGAGCGUCUUAAGGGAAAUCGGCCUACUGCUUAUAGGAAACAAGCAGCCCACGGA